UAGCUCAUUCAUCAAAAAAAAAAGUUUGUUAAAAAAGAUUAAUUUCUGAAAAAACCCAAAUGAAAUUUAUCUCUCAUCUCCAGCUAGCAAGCUAGCACUCUCAUAUCCUCCUCCUCCUCCUCCCGCCUCCAUAGUUCUGAUUGCCUCCUCCUCCUCUUAAGAUCCUCCAACAAAACCACCAUCUUCUAGUUCUAUUACCACCUCUAGUUGGCGGCGCCUCUGCCCACCACCCCUCCUCUGCCGCUGCUACACUCGGUGUUGACGACAGUGCUGUUUUCUGUAGAAAAAUGGCUGAGCCAUCCAAGGUUAUCCAUGUUCGAAAUGUGGGCCAUGAAAUAUCUGAGAAUGAUUUACUUCAGCUGUUCCAACCGUUCGGAGUCAUCACAAAACUUGUAAUGUUGCGUGCAAAGAAUCAGGCUCUUGUUCAGAUGCAAGAUGUUGCCUCCGCUGUGAGUGUUUUGCAGUGCUACACAAGCACACAGCCAACUAUAAGGGGAAGGAAUGUGUAUAUUCAGUUCUCGUCACAUCAAGAAUUAACAACAAUGGAUCAGAACACACAUGGACGAGGAGAUGAGCCCAAUCGAAUUCUAUUAGUUACAAUCCAUCAAGCGGUCUAUCCAAUAACUGUGGACGUGCUGCAUCAAGUUUUUUCUCCUCAUGGAUUUGUGGAGAAGGUUGUUACGUUUCAGAAGACAGCUGGUUUUCAAGCUCUUAUUCAGUAUCAAUCACGCAAUAGUGCGGUGACCGCAAGAAAUUCACUUCAGGGACGCAAUAUUUAUGAUGGUUGCUGCCAACUAGAUAUUCAGUAUUCGAAUCUUGAAGAACUGCAAGUAAAUUAUAACAAUGAGCGGACAAGGGAUUUCACAAAUCCAAACUUGCCAGCAGAACCAAAAGGCAGAUCUUCUCAGCCUAGCUAUGUAGAUGGUGCUGGUAUGUAUCCACUUCCAACAGGUGGAGCUCCAGGUGCAUUUCCACAGAUGGCGAACCAUGCGGCUAUUGCAGCUGCUUUUGGAGGUGUUUUCCCUCCUGGAAUCACAGGAAUGAAUGACAGGUGCACACUCCUUGUUUCUAGCCUAAAUCCUGAUAGUAUUGAUGAGGACAAACUAUUCAAUUUAUUCUCUCUAUAUGGGAACAUAGUGAGAAUUAAACUUCUUCGUAAUAAACCGGAUCAUGCCCUAGUGCAGAUGGGUGAUGGCUUCCAAGCUGAAUUGGCUGUUCACUUUCUGAAGGGGAUAACACUAUUUGGGAAGAGAUUAGAUGUGAACUUUUCCAGGUACCCACAAAUCACAUCAGGGGCGGACACCCACGAAUAUGUCAACUCAAACCUGAACCGGUUCAACCGUAAUGCGGCCAAGAAUUACAGGUACUGCUGCUCACCAACAAAGAUGAUUCACUUGUCAUCUAUUCCUCAGGAUAUUAGUGAAGAGGAGAUAGUGAGUCAGUUGGAAGAGCAUGGCAGUAUUGUUAACACCAAAGUUUUUGAGACAAAUGGGAAAAAGCAAGCCCUUGUUUUGUUUGAGAAUGAAGAACAGGCUACUGAAGCUCUUGUGUGCAAGAAUGCAACAACCCUUGACGGCUCUGUCAUUCGCAUCUCAUUCUCUCAGUCACAGGCAAUAUGAAUGAUUUUCCAGAUCAACCGUCUAUUCCUCAUUUGCAUUUGCGUACUAUCAGAAUCUGAAGCUGUCUAUGCAACCUGAUUACUUACUUGUAUGGUUUUGAGUGUGUUAGAAUUAUCUUGUUUUUACAUAUAACUAUACUAAUUGCUUCUUCUGAUAAAAGCUUCUUCACAAGCGAUGUUCAGAAGGUUGCAGCCUUGAGCGUAUCACUAUUUCUUGCUGUAUAUUCGCGAGUCUGCUACUCCUUUAGUUUUCUAAUUCUUUCUUCUUUGUAAUACGUUUAAUGUGUUGCUAUAUGCUGCAUGAAUUUCUAAUACUCAGUACUAGAUUGGUUGUUUUUA